UAACGAUGCAGGCCAAGACUGUUUACUAGACUGCCCAAGUCAAUGUGAAUGCAGAAACUUGCCUGAUGGAAGAAUAGGUGUCUUAGGGAAAUAUCUUAAAGCAGUUCCUGGUCGACUUCCUCGUCAAACAUCUGCCAUAUUUUUUUCUGGGAACAGUAUUUAUCAUUUGAAAAGCAAGGCCUUCAAGAAUCUUACGCAGUUGUCUUUGAUAGAUUUGAGUUACAACAGGAUAAUUCGCAUGGAUGAAAAAGCGUUUUUUACAUUACCAUCACUUAGUAUUUUGCGGUUGAAAAUGAAUUUCAUCAAAGACAUUGUAAACGAGUCAUGGAGUAAAGUCCAAACAUUGCAAAAACUGGAUAUCGGCCACAAUUUGAUAUCUGCUAUUGGAAAAAGAAYGUUCUUGGGCCUUUGGCAACUAAAAACAUUAAAUCUCCGUGAAAACUUGAUCAGCAUCAUUCAUCAAGAUGCUUUUGAGAACAACACAAAAUUGACCUCUCUGUGAGUAAUUUUAUCAUCAUCAGCAGAAAACGUAGUAGGAGGAGCCGGCGGGGUCUGUUCUUCUAAAUAACUGUUC